GCAAAAAAGUGUAAUGUCGUUUGUAGUUCCAUUGUGGCACGGCACGGAGCUUCGUUUCGUUUUAAUAUUGAUUGUUAUUUUCUGCUAUUAAAAGGCAAUUUCAAAUAAUAUUAAUGAUUAACGCUAUUAUUGCGCCAUGAAAGUUAGUGUAUUGUACAGUGAAUAGUGUAUUUAAGAUGCUACAACAACAGUUGUGUUAUACAUGUUAAUUACGCUGGACAUGCAUCUGUAAAGAUGGUAACUUCCAACAAAUUACUUGAUAAAAAGGUCGUUAAAAUGGCUGAACAGAACAAUAGUACGGUUGUGCCGCAAAGAACUUUGUUAGGAGAAGUGAAUGAGCAAAUAACUUGUCCGCUAUGUCGCGGUUACUACAUCGACGCCACCACGAUCGUAGAAUGUUUGCACUCAUUUUGUCGCAGCUGCAUCAUCAAGCAUUUGCAAAUUAGCCGUUACUGCCCGGUCUGCGACGUGCAGAUAAAUGUUGCAAAGCCAAAUUUCAGACUAGACAAAGCUCUUCAAGAUAUUGUGUACAAACUAGUACCAGGACUUUUCCAAAAAGAAAUGGAAAGGCGACAACAGUUUUACUCGUCUAGACCGGGGCCGGCUGCUUCAGCGACGCCAGAACAAAGAGGUGAAGAUACAGAGAGGAUAAUUUUCAGCCCAGAAGAUGUCAUCUCAUUUUCUUUGGAAUAUGCAGAUGCCACUGACACUGACAGCAUAUCAAGCAAAUCAUCAGACAGCAAUGAACCUCAACCACCAACAGGUACCACGAGGAGGUUUCUACAGUGUCCUGCAGUUGUCAAUAUUAGUCAUUUGAAGAAAUUCUUGAGCAUGAAAUUUGAUAUUGAUAGCACUCAAUUUGCUAUUGACAUUUUAUAUAAAAGGGUACCUUUGCCAGACUACUACACUUUGAUGGAUAUUGCUUAUAUUUACAAUUGGAAGAGGAAUGAACCAAUGAGAUUUUUCUACCAGAUUAUAGAUUAUGUAGCUAUCAGAAAUAGAUUGUUUGACAUUAAUAGGAAAGGUUCUCAUUUUCGAGAUAGAAAAUCAAGCCCAACACCAACAGAAGACACAAAUGUUAGUAGCCCGGCACGUAAUAUAAAUGAUCAGGGUUCAGAAGUAUCAUCAGGUACUGACAGUCCCAUGCCGGAAGAUAACAGUGGCAAAAAGUCCCAUAGUUCUUCAACUACAGACAAGAGUAAUCAGUCCAACAAGGAUAUCAGUAGUCAAAAUAAGUCAGGCGCCAACAGUAACUCUACAGCCAAGAAAAAUGAUGAUGAAGUAGAAAAGUCACAGUUUUUGAACUCUUUUGAAUUAACAGCCAAAAGUAAUAGCCAGGUGAUUAAAUCAUCUCCUGUAAAAAGUAAUUUGCAGGAGACAUCAUCAUCAUCUAUUAAUAAUCCAGUUAAAAGUCAAGAAGCCCCAAAGGAUGAUGAUACUUUAAAGAGAAAACCACAGACACCACUAAAAGCACCAGAAGUGAAAAGACUCAAAAUUGAAAUAGAAAAAUCUAAAAUACCCCAAGGUCCGACUAAACCUGCCAACUCUAAUUCUGCUUCAUCCACUGGAGCUUCAGAACUUCACAAGUCUGGGAGUGCAAUUGAUAAUUUGACAAAAACAAAAGACCCUGACAACAAACUCAGCCCUCAGCCUGCCAAAAACACCCCAUCAUCAUCUUCACCAACAAAAGAACAAAAGAUACCUGCUGUGGGUUCAAAACCAACUCCAGAGAGUACUGGGUUAAAAAGAACAAUUCCUAGUACAAGUAAUGUUUCUUCUCCAAAGCGAAAAGCAACAAAUGAGCCAGUGGCAUCAGUACAGCAUGUUUCUCAACCUAAAACAGUUUCUCCUCUUAAACUUCAAGUACCCAAAAUGGAUUCACAGCAAUUUUCUCUCCCAAAGCCUGCAGAAGUUCCAAAGCCACCUCCAAAAAGAAUGCCUGAUUUAAAACCUACCAUGCCAAUAACACAGGCAACCCAAAAUAAAGGACAACCAAUGAAUAAAGUGAGGAUGGAUCUCUUAGCCAAUAAUAGUGAUCCCACAAUUGAUAGAAGUAAGAUAUUGUCGCAGGUGAAAUCAUCACUUAGUGCCGCUCAUAAUGCAGGCCAAUCCUCAGGUGACCCGCUGAAAUCUUUGUUGUUAGAUUCAUGUAAAAUUAACAUCCCUUCAUCACUCUCAAUUACUUUAACAGACCAGAAAUUAGAUCCACGUAGUCCUAGUGAGCCAACCACAAGUGAUCCGAAAAAGAAUAUCACCAAUAAAAAUUUAGUUUCCGCUAAUAGUAGCACAGCUCAUAAAGUGCCUAGUCCGCCUGUUCACAACUACAUUGAAAUAUUAAAGUUGCCAGAUAGUAAUCCUAAAAAACAACAGAUGAAAGCUGAAGGUAAUACUGAUACCAAGCAAAGUCCACAAGCAAAACCUGAAAGUUCAACAGCAUCACCAAAGCCUCCAGGCAAAUCUUCUGAGUCAUCUGCUAAAGGGCCAAUACCUAAUUUAAAACCUAUAGCCGACACUAAAUUAGGAAAGCAAAGUGGUAACUUUGUGUCACCUAUUACUUUCCAGCAAACAUUUGAGAAGCAAUUACAAACUUUAGUAACAGAUAAAAAAACGAAACUCCCAAAAAAUAAAGCUCAGGUGCCCAAACUUGUUCCAGCUACUCCAAAAACUUUCAAUACCAUAAACAAACUGAAUAAUCCAAACAAUAAGUCGCCCAGUAGUGUAACUAUGGCUCCAGAAAAUAAGCCUAGUGCUGCUCUAGACUUGACAACUCCCCACAAUAUGCAAAGUCAAAUAGGACAGCAUCCUAACCAAUCACGACUUUUGGAAAAAAUGCAGUCAAUUGCGAAUUUGGCAGCAACAAAACAAAACCCUCCUGGAAAAGGUUUGCCGGCAAAUGUGAAUCAAGGGAAUGUCUAUUCACCUAUUUCUAAUAGACCCGCAAAUACGGGUGCAAGUCCUUUGAGAAUACCUUCUUCGAGUAUGAACCAAGUUAAGCAUGAGAAAGGUAGUCACAGUGGAUCCCAGACUCCUGUUCGGCAUGACAUGGGUAAUAAACCUUUUCAAAUGAAUCAAGCUAACAGUGGCAAUUCCAUAAUGUCUCCGAGCUAUACCCAGUCACAUAACUCUCCCACUCCGACGCAGCCUUCUCCAAGAUCUCAAACACGAUCUCCUAGUUCUUCUCCUAAAUUAGUAAUUGCUGAAGAAAAGCAGGCUAGUAGUAGUUCAUCAGAACAGAGUAUUAACCAAUCUAAUCAAAUAUCGAGCACACAACUCCCCAACCUUAACACUUUAAAGAAUGAAUCUCCUAAGGCAUCCCCAGGGCCUUCUAAACCGGGACCUAAGCCAAUGAAACCAUUGUCAUCAGGUCUAAAACUGUCUGGGAUUCGCCAGCCCAUAACCCCUUCUAUUAAGUCCAGCCCUGGUAUGAAUCUUCCUCCAGAUUAUAUGACAUCUCAGCAGAUGAUUGCACAGCAUCCAAUGGCACAUUUAAGGCAUCAGAUGGAAAUGAAUUGGUACAAAGCUAAUCUAUUCAAAAGUAUGGCAAAUGCCGUACAUCAGAAUCAACAUGAUUUUAGUAACAAAGAUAAGCAAAUGUCGGCUGCUCAAACCGCUAUCCCCUUUAAAUCCCGCAAGAGGACAUACAUGAAUAAGAGAAACAAAGAAUGUAAUGAAAAUGAAAAUAUUCUUAACAAAAUCAAAUUACCAGAAGACAGUGAUUUAAAUCUCAAAAAUAACUUUGACAAUGACUCUUGCUCUGCUCCUAAAAUAUCCAGGAAAACCUUCAAAUCUGUUUCAAUAGUCGAGUCUAAAGAUGAAUGUGAAGAAUCCUUUGACGAGAGAAAUCGAAAUGCUGUUACUUCAGGGCCGCUUCCUAGUCGAGAAGAAGAAUUUGAAUGGUUGCAAAACUUCCUUUUAGAGAGCCUUGACAAAGAGGAAUCUGCUUCUUUAUAUGUCUCUGGGCAACCCGGCACAGGCAAAACGGCAACCCUGUCAUGCUUACUGAAUUCGCCAAAGAUCAAAGAAGGCUUUAAACAAGUAUAUGUAAACUGCACUAUGAUGAAGUCCGCCGCGAGCAUAUACAGCAGAAUUUGCAAAGAGUUGCAGCUGUCUACUUCAGGGUCGACAGAGAAGGCAUGCUUGGCUGCCAUAGAAAAAUAUUUGAAUAAAAAACACAAGAUGAUCUUACUGGUGUUGGACGAGAUCGACCAGCUGGACAGCAAGCGGCAGUCAGUGCUGUAUACGAUUUUUGAGUGGCCGGCGUUGGCUGGGUCUCGUCUGGUCCUGGUGGGCGUGGCCAACGCGCUGGACCUGACUGAGCGCGCCCUUCCGCGGUUGCAGGCGCGCUGUUCACUGCGGCCGCGCACCCUGCACUUCGCGCCGUACACCAAGCAGCAGAUCAUCAACAUAUUCACCAAGAUAUUGGGCGAGGCUGACAAGACCAACGUGUUCUCGCCUGUCGCCUUACAAAUGUUGGCAGCCAAAAUCGCCGCAGUCUCUGGUGACAUGCGAAGAGCCCUAGACAUAGGCCGCAGAGUGAUCGAGCUAGCAAAACGCAGUAAAUUCGCCGAGACCCAAUCCGUGGACACAAUGAUGAAAGACUGCACGGUCACAGUGGAGCUCAAGCAAGUCCUUGAAGUACUGAACGAUGUGUACGGAGGCUCCAAGAAAAUAGAGUCUGAUGUCGAUGAAGGGUUCCCUAUGCAGCAGAAGUUGAUACUUUGCAGUCUUAUGCUUAUGCUCAAGGGGAAAAAUAAGGACAUCGUUAUGGGGAAAUUACACGAUGUUUAUAAAAAAGUAGCAGCAGCUCGCAACAUCGCGCCGCUUGACAUGAGCGAGAUGUCAAGCGCGUGUACUCUACUCGAGGCGCGCGGUGCGCUACGAUGCACGGGUCCCGCGGGGCGCACUCGGCGCCUGCGCCUGCAGUGGGACGAGGCGGAGCUGACGGCCGCGCUGCGCGACAAGCCGCUCAUGGCCGCCAUCCUCGCCGACGCCAGCUGCCGCCCCAACUGUUAGUAU